GAUAAUCACCGUGAGAAUUGGUCAUGCGAACUCUUCAAUGCCCUCGUCUCCAGACUCAUCAUCUGACUCCUCUGGCUCGCCACCAACAGCUUCUGAUGGACCGAAUAUUGAAGCUGAGCGCUGUUUACCUGGAGUGGUUAGUUAGUUAAUGAAGUUUGUUCACCAUAAAAGGCUUAUUGCUCCAUUUCUGAGAGGCUAACGUUUUGGCAAUUGUUCGUAUAUUGCUCAAAACGUAUAGAUAUUACUAAAAGUAUUCUUUGUAAAAACUUUUACAUGAUCAUAAGCUGCUAGAAUAUUUAAAGACUCAAAAUUAUUUCAACAAAACAAAGAUUACGUUUGGGGUAUGCUUAAAGCAUGAUUUCCAUUUUGUUGUGGCUGUUGUGACCAAGACAAGGUGACAGGUGUAAUAUAAUUACGUUAUAUCUCUGUAAUCAUAUAAGACUGUUCUAUAGACAUCACACGCAAAAAGCAAGAGAGAAGCGGACUAUUUUACGUCGCCAACCAUGAGUUAGUGACAACAGCCGUUUAAGUAUUUUUCUUAUUAUUCUGUUUCAGAUUAUAGCAACAAGAACGAAAUUUGUUGCAUCGUUUUUACAAAUUGCAGAGUUUUCUAUCCAGUUUAACAUACCGGAAUUACGCGAGGAGGUCUGGUGUCUCCUGGGGAUUGUCCCAACAGGUGAUAUAUAGCUUUUAUGAAAAACUAAACUCAAGCAGGUAGAAUAGACCUUAUACAUACUGACGUCACAAGGCUUGAUGCCCGCGAGGAAUGCUGGUCUUAGUAGUCAUCACCCGGGAAAAUUUCGAUAGUGGCCAUUUUGAAUUGUUUAAUUUUCCCGGGCGAUCACUACUAAGACCAGCAUUCCUCGCGGGCAUCAAGCCUUGUGACGUCAUUGUGCGUAAUGUAUAUCAAUGAACAUAAAUUACACUGUAUAAAAAAUAAAAACCGUUCAACAUUUAGUUCUAUCGAGUGCGAUGCCCAAAAUCUUUACCGAUAAGAAUUAUAGUGAUCCUGUUUUUUAUUGGCCCUUUAAAAAAACCAUGAUCAACAUUGGGCCAUUGCUAUUCACAACCUGAAUCAAGUCUUGAACAAUUUUGACCAGAUUCAAAAUCCGUUCCGUUUAAUUGCUUGCAAAUUGGAUCAUCUGCGGUACAAUGAAGCAUUGUUGGCACAAUUGUUGGUUAUAAUUUCGCCUCAGUCGCAUGUGAGAAGAGUGCUUCCAGUUUGACUCUGACAAACACUAUUGGGCUUUUUCCCAGGUACUUCAGUUUUCUGUAGUAACACUAGACCAAUUAGGAGAUUUCGAACGGUCGGUGCCAGUGCAGGUAGAGGCGAGAACAGACAGCUGGCGUGUGAAGGAUCGCUGUGAAGGGCAUGCAAUUACAUGAAAAAUUUAAGCAGAACUUCGCGAGCGAAAGCCUUGGCUUGAAACGUCGACGUUCUGCUUAUAUUUUUCCAAGUAGUUGUGUGUCGCAGCUGCAUAUCUAUUAGAAGAUUUUUCGUACUGGCACUACAGGAAGUACCGUUUAGAACUGAUAGAGCUAUCUCAAACUCAAUAAUUCAUGUGUAAAUUAGCCAACCGUAUUGCUUUAUUUUGCUCACAUGAUAAUACUGGAUACCUGGUGUAAUAUGUUGAUCCCGUCCUUGGACCGGAUCAAAAUUAAUUCAGUCCUUGGACUGGAUCAAAAUUAAUUCAGUCCUUGGACUGGAUCAAAAUUAAUUCAGUCCUUGGACUGCAUCAAAAUUAAUUCAGUCCUUGGACUGGAUCAAAAUUAAUUCAGUCCUAGGACUGCAUCAAAAUUAAUUCACCUCACUUUAAGUAGUGAUUUUUUCGUACGAGAUGUCAUUUCAAAUCCUCCAAUUCAGACUGGAUUAGAUUUCAAGUGCUCGCAUUUUGAUCCAGUCCUCGGCUUCGCCUCGGAUUUGAUCAAAUUGCGCGGACUUGAAAUCUAGGCCAGUCCUCAUAGUCGGAUUGAAAUAUUACAUCCAAAGUUAGUUUGGUUUAGGUUUCCUCCUGUAGCAAGUAUAGUAACUCGGCAUAAUUAGGGAUUGUCCUUUAGAGCUGUUAGUUUAAUUCAACCCCACACGCCAUAACAAUUUUUAAACAAAAUUUUGUUUACAGACGGUUCGAUGGCGGACAACAUGAGAAAAGCAUGCUCAUACAAAGCAGAGAAAGAAGUUACUUCUGGUUCACAAUUGCUUCAAGCAUUUUUCAAUUCCGCUUCGUCAGCACAAACUGUUUAUAAUCUCGAGGUAUAUAUCGUAAUGACAGUAAUAAUUUCAUUCAAUUUAUUGUUGCAGUUGUAAGUUUAAAAACUUGCAGGACCUGCCAGUUGUAUACUCGUAUUUAAACCUUACUCCCCCUAAUUAUUUUCUCUUUGUGCGUAUUAAUAAUGAGUGUUUAUCAAUGAAAUGGUAAAAAUAUUUUCAUGAGGUGAAAGAUGGAAUUCCAACAGUCCCAAACAAUGUUUGAAUGAAUAAUUAAUACAAUAAUGGCAUUCAUUUAAUCAUUUUACUCAACAUUAUCGUAAUAUAUGUACCCGCCAUUUGAUUUGAAAAAUUGUGGAUUUGCAUUUAAGUAACCUUCCUCACAUGGGCCAUUAUCCGCCAUUUUUGGGGUACUAUCUUUCCUCGUCAAAGAAUCUAGACAAGACAAUGUGAAAAAGUGACUUUUUCAAAAUUAGAAGUGACUUAGAACUGUAAAUUUACCAUUAUACACGCAACUACAGUGAUAAAAAGUGCACUCUUAGACGUGGGAGAGACAGUACCCCCCCCCCCCAAUGGCGAAUAAACCGAGCGUGAGAAAUGCUAAUUCUAUUGGCCUCAUUAUAGAAUUAAAUGAGCUACGAUCAGGAUACGAUUAGGAUUUUGACGAAUAUGUUUUUCCGUAAUGCAUUGUAAAUUUUUUAACUUAACUUUAAAAAGAUGGUUCGUAUCCCGGAGUGUUGUUUUACACAAGAUCUGUUACCCGUUAUGGUGUUUUCAAUUAAUUUUCCAGCAAGUAUAUUUAGAUUUUCAGUUUAUGCAGUGAACAUCAGUUUCUAUAUAUCCUAUUUUGUGCAGAUUUUGUAUUCACUACUGAUGCCAGCUGGACAACUGUUUCGUGAAAGGGUUUCGGAUUUUCAGGUUUGUGGAUUGUUGAAUUUUGUAUGCAGCUGCAUCAGUACCGAGAUUGAAUAAGUUUGAGUAAUUUUUGUAAUUAUGUUGCUAUUUUUAGAUGGGGUUUUUCAAAAGUGGGGGCGUACAAUGUGUACUUAAUCUCAUAACAAAAACUAAUUUUCUUGAACUUGCUGACACCUGGACGAAGAGGUAACGAUAAUAUUCCUGGGCACGUCUUUAUUGGCUGUCAAAUAUUUCAGUUGUUGCACUCGGAAAAUAAACAAUCGAGAGGAAUGGACUAUACGGCAUGUACAGUGGCAGUCACAAUCAUAUUGGAACGGAAAGCCGCACAGCAAAAAAUUAAUCGUUUCGUAGCUUGGUUACUUAAUGAGCAUUCUUUUUCUAUUUUAAAUAUUCCAUUGAAAAAGCGUAAAAGUAUUCCUCUUAAUAUGUUACAGGGUUAGUUUAAUAAGUUGCAAGCCAUGAAUGUCGUGAAUGACGACGGUUUUUGCAUUGGCCUUUCCAGUCCAUUCCUCUCAAUUGUUUAUGUGCAGAGAUACCAUUUAUUAUAUAGCGAUGUCAUUUAAUACGAAAGCACGUGUUGAAAAGCGAGCCAAUACCCGGGUUUUUUUUAUUAUAAGGCAAUAUUUUUAGGCGUGGUUAGUGUGUUUCACCUUUUCUACUGGGAUUCCUGGAGUGAUAUGAUUAUAAUUUCGCCUCAGUCGCAUAUGAGAACAGUGCUUCUAGUUUGAUUGUACCAAAGUAGCAAACCCACGUGCUCUAGUUUACUCCUGCAGCAACAUUGGAAUAACAAGGGCCAGUCUCAACUCAUAUAAUCUUGAAGGGUGUGUGCCAGUGUAGAUAGCGUCAAGAAAGCUGCCGAGGGAUACAGCCACCUGAAAAAUACAAGAAGAACUUUGCUCGAAACGUCGAAGUUCUCCUUGUAUUUUUCAGGUAGUUGUAUAUCAAUCCGCAGCUUUCCAACUCAACUCUGUAGAUCAAUGUUCAGAGUGUUGCACCGCAAUCGUAGAGGCCGCAGGUUAGGUUGCGGGUUAGUGUGAACCGGAGUUUUUGCAAUCUUGACAAUGGAAGUGUUCCUAAAACAUUCUACCAAUUAUUUUGCUCACACGAACCAACUUAUUUGCAUGAUAACUUCUUUGAAAGCCUGGUAACUUCUUUGAAAGCCUGAUAAUUUCCCAUAUAAUGGGUGAUUCCAGCUGUAGAUUAAAUUUCGAUCAAGGCAAGAAGAACGAAAUCCAACACCACAGCUAAAAAGAGCGUCUUAGAAUGAGUACAACUGCAAAGAUUGGUUGCUCAAUGUUGUAAAAUGAAGAAAAUCUAGCCCUGUGAAGUUGGCAAGUUUUGUAUAUAGCUGGAAUCAUCCAUUGAUAACUACCUGUAUGAAUGCACCAAUCAAUUUUGAUUUUGGUGUAAUUGACCAAUCACAAGGAGACAGGAAGUGACCAGAAAUGAUCAAACACAGGAAGUUGUGGGUAAUUGGUCAAAUGUGUGUCAAAUGAAUUGGUAGAAUAUUUUAGGAACGCUUCCAUUGGCACGACUGUAAUAUCGUGUUUAUAUUAUUUUCUCGUCUAGGUCGGCGUACUUGACAUUGAUGAAGAUUGCGAAGUUUGCUUUAACAACAGUGGCGUAUGCUAAAGUGUAUUUGGUUGCAGAGGCAAUGAGACCAGAGAGCCGUUCACAGAUUUCAUCUGAAACACAAGAAGCUGCAGUUAUAUUACAACAAGCAUUACAAUGUAUUCCUGAUUUUAUAUUGGAAUAUGUGCUGAAAAAUUAUGCUUUAUCCCUUGGACAUCAUAAUGCUGAAGAAGUAAGUCCCGAUGUAUAUAAUUGUAUUUCCUUUUUUGAUAUGCUUUUCAAAUGUUUUCAUUAAUUGACAACUAAACUUGUGAUAGCACUGUUCAAAAAUGCCAGAUAUAAAAAGGGUUGAUCAAUCAUAAUUACCUAUGCGACACUAGCGAAAUCCAUAUACCCUGGUAUAAAUUACGAUAUUCCUGCUUCGUCCCCAGUCACUUGGCCAAUAGAGAUCAGUGGGAGCACAACGGGAGGACAAUGACGACGGUGGCGUGGGGAAUGAUGGGAAUCCAUGGUCAUGUAAAUUUCAUAUCCCGCACACGAGCGAACGUGGAGUGAUAAUGGCGACUUUGAUAGUCUGUGGAAGAGUCAGACGAUUCUCUUCUUUCACUCGUUUUGUUUUCACCUCUUUGUUACAAAGAAUUUUAAUAUCUGAUGAAGUGCUGCUAAUAUCGUUUUCAUGCUACAACAAGCGAUCAAGCCAAUCAUAACACACUUGACAGUUGACACGUGGAAAUUGUUUAUGUCAGUCAGCCAUCGUCAUUUUCACGAGUCAGUAGAGAGACGGGAUUACAGUACACUCUAAAGAUGAAAUUAAAUCAUAAAUGUUAAUUAUUAAGUAAUCCUUGGAUCCUGAUUUUGCUUUUUUCAAAUAUUCCUUUAAAGUGCGACAAUAUUGGUGCGACAAAAAUUUGAUUGUCAUUAUAUGUUUAACAAUGAAGUAUACCUGAUUGUAUUUAUGAUACGAACCCAGUCCUAAUGUGAAAAGAGUAAGUCAACGCGCUGCCGAAAGUCGUGAGUUUUCUCCGUGUACUCCGUGUUUCCUCCCACAGGGAAAGUUGACAGGGUGGGUUAGGUACAUAGGUCUGGAGGCAGAUCAUUAAUGAGGUAUGGACUAAUAGCGGCUGCUCAAGCGCCAUUUGUAAGCUCACAGUCUACCUCGGUCUGCUUCACGUCAGUCCGGUUCUAUCUAUCUAUUCAUAAUGUAACCAGUCACUGAAAAGCCCUGAUAGGGAGUGUGCUGUGAAAUACCUGUAUCUGUAUCUAUCUGUGAUUAUUAUACCACAAACAUGGAUGUUCUGAUAUCUAGACUUGUAUUUCACUUGCAGAUAUCAGUUCAUGUUCCUGACAUGAAUGUUGUGAAAGCAAUUCAAAAAAUUUCAUGGACAGCGGCCGGCGGACUGAUGGACUUACUUCAUUGUUCACAAGAAGAAAUACACAGAGCUUUUGAAAAG